AUGCACUUUGUUGCAGUCAGUUGUCAACAAUUUCUUUUCAAUCUCGCCGAUGAGCUUGGAGAUGCAGGGAAGGCCAUGGAGGUAUAUGCACAUCGACUGUAG